AUGGUCCUCAGCGAGCGACUGAAUUGGUGGGGAGUUGAGGAAUCACUUGCCAAUACACCUACCUCGGUUCAAGUUGAACCUCAAGUUAAUGGUACUCAAAGCCAUAUUGAUGUUAUUUAUGAUGAUAGUGAAGAUGAAGAUAUUGGCGAUGUGUCAGAGAUUACUGUGUACUUUGUUGAAAAGAAAUACAAACACAGAGCUAUCGAGGGUGAUCAGUUUGAUAUCCUACAGCGGUGGUCCAAAAAUGGCUUGCACUUCCUUAAUCUAUCCGAGAUGGCGAGGGACAUCAUGGCUAUCCCUAUAUCGAGCGUUGCUUCUGAGGCUGCAUUUAGAUAUCCGGCGUAUGAAGAAAAUGAAAUAGUUGAACGUAUAAUCCCUGAAUGUGAGGCUAAGAGCAAACCGUUUGUGGGGCAGAUUUUUCCAAAUUUGGAUGUAGGAUGUAAGUUUUACGACGACUAUGCAGAGUUAUGCGGUUUUACAUCCAGAAAAAACACAAGCACAAAGGAUGAUGAUGGUACAAUUAUUUUAUACUAUGUGUUAUGCAAUAGAGAAGGUAUUCCUCCUAAGCCUGACGAGUCAUUGAUGCCCAAAAGUAAAUGCUCAACCAACAAGCGUAAGAGAACGUCAUGCAAGUUGAAUUGCAGGGCUCGGAUUAUUUUGCAAAUUUCAGAUUUUGGUAUGUAUAAGGUGCGCACGUUCAUUGAGGGUCAUAAUCACGCCAUGGUUCCUACUGUAUCUAGACACCUUAUGCCCGUGAACAAGAACGUUACCCCUGCCCAUGAGAUGUGGAUUACGUCUGCGAUUAAAGCAAACAUUGGGCCUAUUAGAUCUUUCCGUAUGUACAGAGAGAUUAUGGGCGAGUAUGAGGAUAUUGGUUGCGUCAACGAUGAGAAGAGGCUUUGUCGGUUGAUUUGGACCGACGAAGUCUCUGUUAAGAACUACAAAUUAUUUGGUGAAGCCGUGUCCUUCGACGCAACAUACAAUACCAACAGGUACAAAAUGAUCUUCACACCGUUCACGGGUAGGGAUAACCAUGGCAAGUGUUUGUCUUUUGGUGCAGCUAUCAUAUCUCGAGAAGAUGUUGAUUCGUAUUCUUGGGUUUUGGAGAAGUUUGUCGAAUGCGUGGGAAAUGCCCCACCACUAUUAAUAACUGAUCAAGAUUCAGGGUUGAAAAAGGCUGUUGCGGCAGAUAAUAGAUGGUUUUCUGAUAUGUUCGAUGAUCGUUCACACUGGAUCCCUGCAUACUUUAGAGAUGUCAGUAUGAGUGGAUUAUUCAGAACUACAUUGUUGUCAGAGAGCAAGAAUAGCUACUUCAAACGUGCAUUGGAGGCUCAACGACAUAAUUAUCAUAAGACUACCUUUGCCGACGAGACUGGCGUUCUACCCAUGAAGACGAGACUUAAAAUAGAGAAGUAUGCUGCAACCAUAUACAUCAACAACAUAUUCAAGGAGGUACAAGACGAGAUAGAUGCUUCGCAAACCUAUUGCAAUAUGUAUCAGAUGGAGGAGCAAGUUGAUGAGAGCAUAUAUACUGUGCAUGACAAUGUUGAUGGGAAAUUAGUGGUGCGACAUAGACUGUCGGACACUUAUACAUCUUGCAGCUGCAAUCUGUUCGUCAGGAAAGCCAAAUUUAGUAGAUUGUUGGCCAUGGUUCCUGGUUUUGAGCUCGACAGUGCACCAAGCCAAAAUUCUGUUAUUGGUAACAAUAAAUUUUUCAACGUUGUUGGCAAUUGUAUUGGGUAUGUUGGUGACAAUCAAGUGCUACGUGAAGAACUCCUUGCAGUGCUGAUUGAAGUUGAAAAAAGAUUUGCGAAGGAGGGCAGUACAGAGUCUAAGCUAGAAGCUAAGCAUAGGCUUUUCAAGGAUUUUUAUGGUACUACAGCACCGGAAGUACCAUCUGUGUUACCUCCUCUCAUAUCCAAAACGAAAGGCAGUGGCGCAGGUGGAAGAAGAAAAUCGAACCAAGAGAAGGCCAUGGAUCUUGCUAAGAAGCCAUUGCGUAAUUGUAAGAAAUGCAAUACGAUGGGGCAUCAUGAUUCGAGGAAUUGCCCAACAAAUAAGCUUUCUAAUUGA